UCCUGGGAGUACGGAAUUCCAGGCAAGGCGGGCACCAUGCGGGAGGGAGGUCUGUUCAAGAUGAUGAUGAUAAUUCCUGAUGAGUGCCCAAACAAGCCCCCGAAAUGUACAUUCACCCCGUCCGUUUCAUCCACAGAUCUUAUCACUAACGAACCGGGCCAAUUUAAUCCUCCACUAUUUCAUCCUGACGUCUUGCCAAGCGGAAUUGUCUGCCUUGCAAUCCUCAAUUCGAAAGAGUCCUGGUCCUCCGUUCUGUCGGUCAAGGAGAUUCUGCUCGGGGUGCAGGAGCUGCUGGAUAACCCGAAUCCCGAGUUGUCGGCGCUAAGCAAGGCUUACCACCUUAUGAAGAAGGAUCCCGCGCGGUUUUGGAAGAAGAUUUGGGGCGGUGCUUAA